AUGGAUAAAAAAUAUGUUGGCGAAUAUAUAGUCAUUACCACUUCAGGGGUUAAGAUAGAUCAUGACCUGAAAUUUUUAGGCAGAAGAUGUAACAGUGCAACUGCCAGUUGGUACGGCACCAGUCCCAAAGAAGAAAUGGGAAGGAAUCUGGGAUGCGACGAAAUUCGGCAACAUAUGCAAUCAGAUGAGUUAUACGCCUCCCAAUCAAAGUGAAGAUUGCUUAUUUGUGAAUAAUGUCUAUACACCCAA